UCAGUGAUGCUUUCGCCAGUUUAGUGUUAAAGCUUGUACUUGUGUUUCAAAAAUGGUUGGAAAAAGUUUGCACAAAGUGAUUGUCUGGAUCGUCUGUAUAUCAUUGGCGGUUUUCAUAUUUCCUAUAGUGCUUGUAGUAUCCUCUAUAAUUACCAAUAUUGAAAGUUGCCGACGCAAAAAGGAAAAAUCUAUUAAAAAUGAAGUGGCCGUUGUCACUGGUUCAGCAAGUGGAUUGGGUAAAAAUAUCGCCAUCGAAUUGGCGGCGAGGGGUUGCCAUGUUGCUAUAUGUGAUAUCAAUUACGACUUGGCUGUGACGACAGCUAAAGAAAUCGCCGAGAAAUAUGGCGUCAAAGCAAAAGCUUAUAAGGUGGACGUCACUAAAUACGAUGAAAUUGUGGAACUCAAUGAAAAGCUAACCAAUGACAUUGGCACCGCCACUAUACUUGUGAAUAAUGCAGGCUUACUGUUUCAUUCAGAUAGGCUGAAGCCCACAGUGAAGGAAAUUGAAGCGAUGAUAAAUGUUAAUUAUGUUUCACAUUUCUGGACAAAUCGUGUGUUCAUGGAGAAUAUGAAGCGUGCCAAGAAAGGUUAUCUUAUGGCUGUGUGCUCUGUAGCCGGCCUACAAGCAUUGGUGCAGUCCGAACCGUAUUCCAGUGCUAAGUUCGCUGUACGUACCCUAAUGCGAAUAAUGCGGGCCGAACUAAAGAUUGAAGGCUUCAGUUGUAUUCACCUUACUACCGUAUUUCCAUAUUUUAUUCGAACUAACGCUAGGGUUACCCAGAUGGCAGAAGAAGGAGGCUUCACUAAGAGAUAUCCAUUACUAGAAGGCGAAGAAGUCGCGCAGAGAGCUGUAUCGAGAAUGUUAUGUGGUGAAAUAGAGGUUAUCAUACCGAGUUUAGCUGCCCUCAUCUAUCGUCUCAUAGAUCUUUUACCACAACGAGUUCAAGACUGGUUGACUGCUGCAAAUAUUACCCCAUCAAACAAUAUUUGAAACCACAAGGACAAUAACAAGUAAAGCAGGCCUAAGUUCGAGGGCAGCUGAACAUUAUAUACCAUACCAUCACAAUUCGAUUUCAGAAAUAUUAUCGCUUAAUUUAACCCUAGUAUCUAUAAUAUGAUAAACACGAUAUUAAAUGAAAAUAAAUUUAAUAUAUAUUAGGGAUAUAGAUCGAA